UGGCUCCCGCCUCGCCUCGCGCCCGGGGCGGGGAGGAGCCGCUCACCUGUCAGUGGGGGAAGUGGGCUCGGCGGGCGCCACCACCUCGCGCCCGGGCGAAGGGGUGGAGACUGGGGGGGGUGGUGGUGUAAGAUGGUGGCUACGAACGCCGAGCCGCUGGCUCCCCCCUGCGCGAGGGCCUCGUGGCCGGAGGGUACACCUGUGCUUAAGAUUCUGAAUUUCUGCUUAUUUGGCAAUGCAACAAACUUGGGAAAAGAGAAUUUGUAUUCUGACAGCGAGGACAUGGUCAAACAAAGUGCCACUCUCAGUCAUUACGAGCCACGGAUAAACGGCAAGAAACAAAAAAUGGACACUCAGUUAUUCUCCCCGUUGUUAGGAGGGAUCACAAGUACACCACCACCUCUGGAAUCAUCCCGGCUAUAUAGUAAUUGGUCUGUGUGUGGAGAUGAUACCAACACAGCAACUUCUUUACAAGACUGCACAAAAAAAAGGGCACAGAUAAAUCUGUCUUACUCUGGCAGUGGCCCAGAUAUGUUUGGGUUAGUGUCGAGCAUCCUAGAGGAGCCAAACAAGCCAGAACCAGUUACAGAUUGGAAUUCUCUGUCAAGAUUGUUUCCCCCUAUGUGGGCAUCUGACAUUGGAAACAAUGGUGACUUCUCACGUCUGUCUUCUAAGCACCCUUUACAAAGUAAAGAUUUUCCGAACCUGAUUGGCGCACACAGCUGUUACCAAGGCCACUUGCAAAAGUCACCUGAUGUGGACACUUUACACAGAGGAUUUGAAGACCUUCAUCUUAUAGAGUCUUGGCUUUCUCCUUCUGACCCUUAUACUCAGCCAUCUGAUGAUAUCUUGAACAUUUAUCCUGAAAAUUCUGCUUUUGAAAAUAAUGCCAUAAUUCAGCAAGAAGGAUUAGCAUUUCAGAAUGUACAAUUUAAUCAGCAUGUUUGCAAUUAUGAUAAGAUGAAAUUAAAUGGAGACUGUGAAAAGAACUGCUCUGAUUUUAGUAAUUUUUCUUCUCAAUGCAGAAUUAAAGAUGACACUGGUAUUCAGAAAGAGUAUUGGGAAACUGACAGAGCAAGAGGCAAGCUUAUGAAAAAUGACAGACAAGAACAAGCAAAGUAUUCCAAUGAUCUGUCUAGUCCACCUGCUAAUGGCACGUGGGGCAAAGUGUUCCAGGACAACCAUUUGUUUUCUAAAAGAUAUGAAGAUUUUACAACUUCUCAUAAAUCACAGCCAUCUAUUCACCCAUCGCUAUAUUUUUUCAAUCAACCAUUUACUAAAGAAAAUAGUUUUCCUGGAGGAACAAAUAGAAACCCACAGGAAACUCACAUGCAAAAUGGCCAUAAUAGCUUCAAUUUGGGGGAAACCUGUAAUAACACUGAAUGUAAGAGCCAUAUUAAUGCUAAAGAAUGUUCUCAUAAACCUUCUGAAUAUCAUUUAUCUGUAAAAACUGCUCUACAAAAUGGAAACUUUCAUUCACCUUACCGUGGACAUACGUGGCUGGAUGGUAAAAUCUUAAGUCCCACAUCUACAUCAGAUAUUGCAUAUAGGAAGCAAAACCAAGUAGUAACAAGCCCACAGUCCUCUUCAGGGGUUUCAACUAUGUCCAAUGGAUCUCCCACACAUCAGUCUGUAACCCAGCCCUCUUAUUACUCACAGUUGUCACCAGUACCCUAUUCAAGGAAAGAUGGAAGGUUACAAAUAUCAAAUAGUGUUCCUAGUAACAUGGGGGGUUCAAAUUUCUUUGCAGAAAAUCAGAAACAAAUUAAACCUAUUGGACAUUCCCAGCAUGAUUCAUUGACUAAUAAAGGUCAGUAUCGUAAAAUACCCAUUAAUUUGUCACACAACUGGUUAACACAGCAGAAUUCUGCAACUGAUGAGUCUGAAAAGUAUCAUAGGUUUCGCAAAAAGCAAAACCAAGAUAACUGUAAUAAAGAUGAAAGAAGAGGUAGAAGGAAUUGGAUACCCCAUCCUGGGUAUGCAGGACAAAAUCAGCAACAGUUCAACAUGUUCCGAAAGAAGCAAGAACAAAAUGGUGGCAACGUGUCAGAUUUCAUCAAUCCUUCUUUUCUUCCUUCUUUCCCAUUAAUGUCUGAUUUUAAGCAAAAUCCCAAUUUUGCUCCAUUUAAUCCCCAUCCAUUUCCGUCAGCAAAUAAUUUUGCUUUUCCUCCAUCACCAUUUCCAUUCUCAGAACUUGUUGAUCUUUUUCACUAUGACGAUUUUAACCAUUUGAAUCCCUUCAUUAAUGACCUAUUUUGUGGGGAAUUAAGUGCACCAUAUUUUGCCUUUCCAACUCCUUUUAACAAAUAUAGGCCUCCAAGAAAUCGCAGUGGACCUGCUAAUGAGCUUCAUAUUCGAUUGGAGGAGUGUUACGAACAGUGGAGAGCUCUGGAGAAGGAGAGGAAAAAGACUGAAGCUGAUCUUGCAAGAAACUUUCCAGGAAAGCGGGUAUCUAGCUCAAAUAACACUCCUGUUUCCCGACUUCCUGCUAACCCUUCACGAGUGGAUCGUUUGAUUGUGGACCAGUUACGAGAACAGGCCAGAGUGCUCACCUUAGUAGGAAAAAUGGAAAGGCUUCGCGGUACUCCUGUCCAUGGGAAUAUAUCCAAAACUCUGGAACAUCAUGUAGAAGCCAUUCAUGUUACACAAGCAAGGCGAAAAGAUGAGAUUGUUAAUGCUGCCAAUCCACAGAGACAAGGAGCACCUCGCUAUAAUAAUGAAAAAGAUGUUCUUGCGCUGGCAGCUGCCAUUAAAGAGUUAGCUGUUUCCACACGCAAGGCUCGUACUGCUUUAUGGUGUGCGCUGCAGAUGACUCUACCAAAAACCUCCUUAAGCACUCCAGUGAAACAGGAGGAGGUCGAAAGGGCAUUGCAAGAGCUUUGUCCAGGAAACGCAAGCACAAAAGAAAAAAAUAGUGCAGAUCCUGAAGACAAGGGAAGCAAAAAAGAAAAACAUGAGGAACCCAUACAGAUUUCUGAAUAACUGUGCAGGAAAAAAAAAGGAAGAAAGUGAAGUGCAUUGUGCUAUGGAGAACUUUUUUGCUAGGUUAUCAGAAAAAAUAAGGAUAACUCAACUGAUCAGUGCUGCAAUUUUAUUACUGUGAUUCUGGUGUUGACAAAUAUUUCUUGUAAUAGUGUUAUUGCAGUUUUAAUAUUGCUGGUAUUGCAGUGUCUUCUAUGUAAGAUAAAGAUUUUAUUACUAAGGGGAACUGGGCAAUAGCUGACCAUUUUCUUGACCACUUAGCCAAAGCUAUGUAUCAGCUGUGACUCAAGCCACGAUCUGAGAAACCAGUGAGUGGCUAAGCUCAUUUUGAUUCUUUUCUUCAUUUAUUCGUUAUAAAAUGUAGCAUACUUUAGAAAUGUCAUUUUUAAAGGGUAUUUCAUAAUUAUUGGGUUUUUUUGCACAAUUAUAUAUUCUUUUAAGUGCCAGAAUGAUUGCUAAAUAAUGUAAUUGUUUGUACUGUCACUCAACACUGAAUAGUCCACACUUCUGCUUUGCUAUUGUGACAGGGUGUCAAAUCUUUCAGGUAAUUGCCAAGAGUCUGAUUGGAAUAAUCAGAGUUUAAUGUUAGUUACAUGACGUGCUUGUUCUGCCAAUUAAAAGUUACCAGCUGAACUAAUCUAAACCAAAAGUUCCCAUAGUAUAAUCCUUGUGACAAAAUUUUUACAUAAUAAAUAAAUGAACAACUAAUUUAAGGAAUUUUUAGAGUUGCAGUACAUUGCAUUAAAAUACAUAUUGGCAGUUAACAUAAAAUUGUCACUCAGACUUAGAAAUUAGAUUUACUGAUGCCUCAUGGUUAAAAACAGCAAGUAUGCACUUAAUGAAAAAUUACAUGGUUAUUAAUGUUUAUGGUACUUUAAUUUUCAGAAACAUUCCAUAUUUAUUUAAACGUUUUGAUUAAAUGUUUAUUUAAAAUUCUAUUUUAAUAAUAUACAGUUGGGUCUUUUGCCAAACCUUCCUAAUAAUCAGAUUUAAUGAUUUACUCAGGAACUAUGUAUAUUAUAUAUAAAUAUACACACAGUAUAUAGGGGUUUUUUGAGGGGUAGGGAUGUUUGCAAGAUAUUUACACAAAGCCCACUAUACUAGGUUACCAAAGCUGUUUAACUGAUUUGUUUUAGCAUGAGAAGAUUUCAUAUGUUUAGUUGCUAUUACUAGUCUUCAUCCUGUGGCUUAGACAAUCAGAAGUGUUACGUAUCAAUGUGAACGUACAGAGUGAGAAUUAGAAAAGGAUGAAUAAUUCAUAUUUUCAUCUUAUCACACUACUUAUGAGUAUUUUAAUGCUUUAUCAAUCGUGUCUUAAUGUUAGAUUGUCUUUCAAAAUGUACUAAUUACCAAGUAUGUUCUUAGGUGUUAGUAUAUUGAUGAAUGGCUUUGGAGAGCAGUUCUUGUUUUAAAAAAGAAUUAUGUUGAGGACAGGAAAAAAAGUUCAAAGACUUAAAAUAAAGAUUUAUCUGUGUUUCAUUAUGUUAUGAUGUUGAAUUCAACACUUUCUUGAUAAAUAUGUAAUUCUGUUUGCAUAUACACGUACUUGCUAAAUAUUCCAAACAGUCUGUAAUUUUGAACCUGUGAAUGUUUCUAGAACAUCUGUAGUCUAGUUCUCUUAGUACCAAUAUAGUACCAGUGGUAGUACCAUUAUUAAUGGUAAUGAGGUGAUGAGUGCAUCAUUUUGUAGAAUAGGAAGUCACUAAAGCCUCAUUUUGAUCCACUGAUUAAACAAAGGAAUCAUUAGAAGGCAGAAUCUUAUUAAAAGUAUGCUCCACUUUUUCUAAAGAAAAUUUUAAUCCGUUUCAAUGGAUAUUUUUAAGCCUUAGUCUAAAACUAAAAAUCGGUAGUGAAGAGAAUUAUUUUAAUGCUGUGUGAGUGUAUUUUUUGUGUGUGUGUGUGUGUGUGCAAUCUGUUUGCACUAAUAUCUGAAGGUCAAAUGUGUUUUUGUGAAACUAUAGGUGGUUUGAAAAAUUUUCAGAGUUUACAGUAUUUGAGUUGUGUAUGGAAUUUAAGUUUUUGAGUUAUGAUUACUAUGUUAACAGGAAAUAGAAUUUGAAAGUCUUGAUUUGCAUUUCUGUUUACAGAAUAAUUGUAGUCUUGCAGGAUUGUUUUGUAGUAUUGAAUGUAUUGGGCAUAUUAGGUCCUUAUUGUAUUGUUUGUAUGUAAGUUACUGUGAAGGAAUGUGAUCUUAAUCAGUUCAUAAUAUAGUUAAUGUGCCUUUAAAAGUCUUAUUUUUCAAAAACGGUAAGUAACUGUGUUUGCUCACUUCAGCUUUCUGUUGCGAUUUGAACAUAGUAACAUCUUGGAGUUAGGAGAAUAGUCUGCUUUCAUUUAAAGCUGAGGAAUGUACCUUCUGUAAGAUGCUUUGGCUGAGUUAAAUCAAUAGGCUUUUGAGAAAUUUGCACCUUGUUUUAUCCUGAUUUGCCUGGAUAGAAAUACAGCCUUAACCGUGUUAAGAGCUUGAUUUGUUUCUUGUGCAGUUUUAUCUCUCAAUCACCAGCACUUUUCUGUUUUGUGGAAACUUCUAAAUAAUUACAAAAGGAAAAACUAUAUCUAUGAAGUUACUUUAUUAUAAAUUGUUUUACAAUUUGCUUUUUAAAAGCACUUUCUUUUUCUUUAGUUUUUUACUUUUUAAUAGUGCAACCAAAUCUGUCAAUUUUAUAGCGUGGUGAGUCAUUUUUCUUUAUUAGCAAUACUACAAUUAAAGGUGCAAAAAAAUAAGGUGCAUUACAAUGUACUUAUUUAGCCUUUGUUGUUAGAAGUUGAAAAUGUAUGGAAUAAAGUCGUUUUGAGCAACUUUUUUAGAAUUGGGGAACUGAAACUACAAUUCCUCUGCUUCUUAUUUGCCAGAUAAGCUUUAAAAAGGAAAUUGUUUGCAUAUAAUAUAUGAAAGCUAACUAAUGAGAGUGAGGAUAGGCCAGUGUCAACUUAAAAAAAUCAAUUCCAGAUAAAGGUUGCUUUCCUUUUUUUACUGUACAAAAUAAAACUGGUCUAAAACUUGUUUAUGCACAAUAAUAACUUAAUGAAAAUAGUGGGUUUUUUUCACAAAAUUAGGCUAUUUCCAAUAUAAAUGGGAAAAAUAAGUUUACUUUUAUUUUUAUGACAGAUAUACAAAGAUUAAUAGUGUCUAUAUUUUAAUAUACUGUUUGGUGUCUGAAGUAUAUCUUUUACAUGUAUGUUGGUCAAUUUCAUUUAAUUAAAAACAAAUGUUACACUGUUAGUGAAAUAUUACUGAAGAAGGCUAUUGUGAGUUAAUCUAUUUAGUAGACCCAACAGAAAUGAGUGAAAGUAUACAUUUAACUAAAAGAAGCAAGAUGUCAAUUGUUAAUACUUAAUGAUUAGUCAAUUUAGGCUUAUUUCAGUGAUUCUGUAAAAUAACUGGAUAUUUAAUGAACGUUGGAAAAAUAUCACUUCUACCUCUUGUGUAACACUUAACUUUAAAAAAGGUUAUUUAUACUACACAGAUUUCCGUUGGGACAUACUUUGCUAUUUUAGAAAGUUGAUGCACCUUAACUAGUGAAUUUGGUGUGCAUUUUUUGUUUUCUGUCAGACAACUCCCUUCUAUGGAACACCAGGAAGCCUUGCGGCUAGAUUGUGUUCACUUGUGUAAAGUAACCUACCAUGCUGUGUACACUUACGUAUGGUUUAUAUUAAGAAAAAGGUACAGUAGAAAGAGAUGCUAAGAUUUGUAUUACAUGUAUGGAAGUCACAGAUUUAUGAGAAUCCUGUAAUAAAUCAUGGCCAUGUAAUUUUCUAGCAUUUUUUAUGUAUGUGAUUGUUUCCUUAUUUAAACAAUCAGUUGUAUGUACGUGGCUAAUAAAUAGUUAAAGCUAUUGUUUUAUUCAGUUCAACUCACGUUACUUAUCAGCUCCUCUUCUAUAUGUGAGGUGUUUCUUGUUUGUUUGGGGUUCUUUUGUAAUUCACUGAAAAGACCUGUUGUAUGUUCUGGGUAACACUUACAGUUAUACAAAUAAUUAAAGUAUUUCAUAUUUUAA